AUGGUUGUAGUUGAAACAAAAUCUCAAAUACUGGAAAUAGGUGCUCAUGAAAUGGCAAUCGCACAUGUUGUCGGUGGUGGUAGUGAUACAAUAAAUGGGAGUCAUCAUUCAAUUAAUCAAAAUUAUCGUUCAUCAACAAUUCCAUAUCAUUGUCUACAAUCAAUAGAAGAAGCUCGAGAAAUGAAUGCUUUUAUUAGUGAAGGUUAUAUGAGACUAAAACCUCUUCUAUAUCCGUGUACAAUUGAAUUUAGUCUUAUGUCUUUAACUCUUUUCUAUCUCAUUUGGGAAAAUAUAGGUAAAACAUUUGCCUAUAAAAUGUCUGAUAAAGCAUCAACAAAAAAUGUUUUUAUGGUUAAUUGUCAUGCAUCAAUUAAAGGUUUAUUUGCUGGUAUGAUUGUUUUUUCGUGUACAGUCAUAUCAAUUAUUCUUUAUGCUGUUUUUCGAAAUAAAAUUGGUGAUGACAUACAUGCUGUAUCAGCAUUAACAACUCAUGGCGAAAAUUUUCAUUCUAAUAGAAUUCAUUCUCGUGGAAUCAUAAUAGCAAAUAUAACAACAACAACGUUAUCUUCUCGGCAUCAUUUAGUUGUUUCUCCACCACCAUUAGCUCAUGGUCCCUUAACAUCAAUACCAAAAACUCCGAAAAAAAUUUUAUAUAGUAUUGCUAUUGUUGAAAUUGUUAAUUUAAGUUUAUUAAUUACUUCAUUAACGGCAACAUUAUGGGCAUUAAUGAAAAUUCGAAAAUUACAAUAUAAGAGAACGACUACACGUAUGAAAUAA